AUGACGAUUAUAUCAUUAAUUGUGUUGUUUUUAAGCGUUUACACAUUCAACUACCUUUACUGUGUGGCUAAGAAACCGCAAAUCAUUGGGAAGGAUGUGAAAUUUAAGACUUUCCUCCAUAAACACUGUCCAGUGUUACAAGAGACAUACUGGCCAACGUUUUGGUGUGUCGAGGGAAGACUGAUGUCUAUACUAAGAGUUAUGCUGCACAAGUCUGUGUUUCGUGUGCCUGCUGUGCAAUAUAAAAGUGAAAUACUGAAACCUCCAGAUGGAGGUGAAAUUUGUCUUGAAUGGAUGGACGAUGAUCAUUCGAACUCACAAAACAGCGAAUUAGAGAAGAAACCAAUCAUAUUAUUUCUAUACGGUGUAACAGGUGAUUCCGAUGAAGGCUAUAUUAUAGAGUUUACAAAAUCAGCCAGGAAAAUAGGCUAUCGAUCAGUGGUGAUGAAUUACAGAGGACGAGGAAAAUUUGCGAUUAAGACUGCAAAAUCCUAUGCACCACCAUACACUGGCGAUCUUGAACUUGCAAUGGAGCAUUUGAAAUCAAACCACCCAAACACUAUGAUGAUUUGUGUGGCUGUCUCCAUGGGAGCGACCGUAUUGUUGAACUACCUGUCCAAGACUAGGGAUAGUUGCGGGUUUAAAGCAGCGCUUGUAUUUUCACCAGCGUGGGAUAUGAUGGAAGUUCAUAAAUCGCUGGAAACGUCUAUCAACAAGCCCCUUUUUUCUAAAUUCAUCCUAGACGACCUAAAGGGACAAGUAGUUGCAAACGCCGGACUAAUGAAACCGCAUUAUGAUAUUGAAGUUAUAUUGAAAUGUGCAACUGUUCAAGAAUUUGAAGCGAAGGUCUUAGUAAAAAUGUUCGGAUACAGCAACUUUGAAGAAUAUCAGACUGAUUGUCGUCUCCAUCACAAGCUACCUAACAUCAAAAUUCCUGUUCUCUGUCUGAACGCUACUGACGAUCCCAUAUCUCCGGAAUGUGCCUUUCCUAUCGAAGAAGCAAAUCAGUACUCAAAUAUAAUCUUAGCUGUGACGUCACGUGGUGGACAUGUUGCUUUCCUUGAAGGAUGGAUCCCUAUUCGUCUCAACUACAUGACCAGGCUGUUUACACAAUUUACUGAUGCAGUUUUGAAGUUUGGCGAAAAAGAGCUAUUCUCGAUGGACCAUGAUAUUUGUCGGUUGACUUAUCGGAAAAGUUAA